AUGCCAGCAGCCGGCCGCCACAGCCUGGCAUACGGCUGCACGCUGAGACAAAGCGUGGAUGCUAGCAAUGCGGUAUCGCGCAUACUGGAGAUGUGCCCUACUCUCAUCUCUCUAGCUGCCUAUCAGGGUCAAGAGAGAGACGCGACCGUGACGGUGCCGCUGCUUCCUGCUCGGACACGGCACCGUAGCAGAGAAAGAGAAAGCCGGGACAGCGAGCUACACACGAGGAAAGGCGACGCAAGCGGGCGGCCGCCUUUGCUCCUGCGUAAGUUUUCUAUUCCGCGCGCUUCCUUUCUGUGUGUUUCUUCUUUCCUUUCCAACUACGUCCUCACGACUGCACGUACUCGGCUUGCUGCGAAGACUAUAGCCGGCAAGAGCAAGAAGGGGAGUAGUGGUCCCAGACAGGCGUUCAUACGGGCGGUGGGCCAUUCCUACAUUACGGCGACGUCCGUCUCUCCUGUGUUUCUCGUGACGUAUGCCCCUCCGCGCAAGCAGCGUCACCAGGUAUUACCCACCGCAGCGUACGCGUGCGUGUCAGUAGAUUUUCACUCGGACAGUCUGGCUUCAGACGUCGUGCUCAUACCAGUGCCUGCAUUUUGUGCUCGUAGAACACCUCCACAGACCCGCGGCUGCGAUAGGGAGGACGUCAAGCCUGUCUUCGUAAGAAGUGUAUAUGGUGCUGACCUUUGA